AUGGGCCUAGAGGACAAGUCCCCUGCCACUGACGACCUCCUACAACACAUCGCCUCCACCUUCCACACCCAAGACCCCGGUUUGAACCCGGCCAAAGCCAUCAUCUCCCUCCUCCUUGGCCUCUCAACCCAAAUCGAGAAACUCACUACAGAGGUCCACACCCUAUCCGCGAGACACACCGCCGACGUUACCCUCCUCAACUCACGCAUCAACAACUGCACCCCUCAGCACUCCCCAGCCCCCGCCCCCCAGACCCGUCCUCCCCCUCAACGGCAACCCACCCACCAACCCCGCCAGCUCUCACGCCCCGCCCCUGCCAUUCCUCCCCCCCAGGGUUCUGUAACCGAAGAAGCAGAGCCCUACCUCAACGACCCCAUCGAAACCAUCGACCAAAACGGCAAUAGACGCCUCCUUACCUAUGCCGAGAAACUCAAACAACACCAGAACAACUCCCGUCCCGCCGCCCCCUCCCCCGCCACUCGGAAUGCAGGCCCCCGCAAGCCCACAGCUCCUCAACCAGCAACAAACCUCCCCACCGCCCAACGCCGGUUCUUCGCAACCAGAUCUAACCCCGCCCCCUUCCCGAACCACCAACAACUCGAAGCGAGACUCCCCUCCGACCUCGGAAGAGUCCUAGCCAACGCAGGCCUCACCCACCCACACACCGCUCUACAAGUCCAGACAUCGCUCCCUACUUCCCCGGUCUCCUAG